AUGGGAUCUGUUGACGAAGCCGUGCAGGACUGUGCGCGGGUCGUACACACCGAUACACAAGCCAUGCAGACUCAACACCCUUACAUUACUGUCCCGCCUGUCAUCAACGGGACUGUAAACGCAAUGAAAGCAGCCCUCCACAACGUCCUUCGCAUCGAUCCUUGGAGCGAGGAUGCAGUCAAGGCAACGUGGGCGCCCCCGCCAUACGAUGGCGUGCAGCGCAAACUCAACGUCUACUCUGCGUCCAAGACUGAAGGCGAGCAAGCUGCAUGGGAGUGCAUGAAGUAUGAGAAAUCAGGAGCUGACCGCAAUAGCGUGCUCCCGACAUAA